AUGCGUCCAGUUACCUCGUUGCUACUCUUACCGAUCUUGGCCUCCCUGCAGCAGCUGGCAACCGCCGCCGAUGCCACCGCCGGAGACGCAGGCUGCCCGCAGGCGACAUGCGGGAACCUCACCUUGGCAUACCCGUUCUGGCUGGCCGGCCAGGGCCAGGACGUGUCAUCUUGCGGCCCGCCGGCGUUCCGGCUCACGUGCAACGUUAACGGCUCCGCGUCGGCCGGCGCUUUCCUGGGAAGCUCCUACAUGAGGGUCCUCAGCAUCGACUACGGCAACCGCUCCCUCGUCGCCGUCCACACCCUCCUGGCCGCCGACACGACGUGCACCGUCCUGUUCAACAUGUCCUCCGCCUUCGCCAUCACGGAUAGGUUCAGAAUCAGCCGGAGAAACCGGGAGGCCUACAUGCUGUCUAGAUGCCAAGAGAGGCGGCCGCCGCCCGGUGCGGUCGCGGUCACCAACUGCACCGGCAACAGCAGCGGCAUAUACGUGUACCUCGGGGGAAGCUACGACACGGGCCAGCCGCCGGCGAAUGGAGGGAGCUGCGAGAUCAGCAAGUUUCCGGUGCUCGGGUCGGAGCCGGCGGCAGACAUGACGGCGGCCAAUUAUAGACGGCUCAUAAAGGGCGGGUUCUUGGUGGAGUGGGAGCCCGUCGGCGACUGCGACGCCUGCAAAGCGAGCGGCGGGCGGUGCCGCUACGAUGCCAGCACGGCGAACUUCGCGUGCCUCUGCUCGGACAGCAGCAUGCGCCCAUCGACUUGCGUUUCUCUGCCUACUGCGGCUAGUUUGGUUUUCGCCUGCCUUGCUUACCUGAUGUACCGUCAGAAGCGAAAAAUCAUAUCAGCAGUCCGCAGAAUUUACUCUAGCAAUACAUCGAUCACAGGAGAAAUGUUAAGAGAAUGUGGAUCUCUUGCUCUGAAAAGGUACAUGUACACGGAUCUGAAGAAGAUAACAAGAUCAUUCAAGGACGAGCUAGGAGAAGGUGGAUAUGGCGUGGUGUACAAGGGGAGCCUGCAAGAUGGCAAGAUAGUUGCGGUGAAGCUCCUGAAAGGAUCAAAAGGCAAUGGACAAGAUUUUCUGAAUGAAGUUAUGAGUAUCGGUCGGACUUCUCAUGUUAACAUCGUCGGCCUACUCGGUUUUUGUUUGGAGGGGUCUCAUCGAGCGCUUGUCUACGAGUACAUGUCCAAUGGUUCCUUGCAGAAGCACAUUCACUCGGAGACCUCCAAACGUGCCAUCGGAUGGGAGACGUUCCAAAAGAUCACGAUCGGUAUCGCACGAGGGUUGGAGUAUCUACACCAGGGUUGCAACACUCAGAUCAUCCAUUUCGAUAUCAAGCCUAACAACAUCCUUCUAGACCAUGAGUACUGUCCCAAGAUUGCAGAUUUUGGACUGGCAAAGCUGUGCCACCUCAAGGACAGCGUCCUUUCAAUGGCUGAAAUGAGAGGGACAGUCGGUUUCAUCGCACCGGAAGUGUUCUCCAGAGGUUUUGGAGUUGUAUCGACAAAGUCAGAUGUUUAUAGCUACGGGAUGAUGCUCCUGGAAAUGGUCCAGGAGAAGAAAAUAUUGAAAGGAAAUGCAGACAACUCUAGUGAAACAUAUUUUCCACAUUGGGUUUAUGAUCUUUUGGCGAGGGAUCUCCAUGGUUUUGAAGUCACACAUGGAACUGAAGAAGUUGUAAGAAAGAUGACCAUGGUUGGAUUGUGGUGCAUACAAAUGACACCUGAAAGCCGCCCGUCCAUGAGCAGAGUGAUAGAGAUGUUGGAGAGGAACAUCGCUGAACUGGAAAUGCCGCCUAGGCCGUUCUUCUGCUCUUCCGAGUACUCGACAAAUGCUUCGUCUUAUGCAUCUGUCCAAGUCAUGAUGUCUUCAACAUGA